AUGCCCACAAGGCCGCCCCGUAGUGACAUUCAAGCAAACAGAACUGGAAAAAAGAAGAAAAACUUGCUAGCAAGGUUUGCUAAUGUUGUUGCAGAACCAACUUCUGAUUCAUCCAGCGACACUUCUGGUUCUACAGAAGAGUCAUUGCCAGUGCAAGACAGUAACAUACUUUUGAUUCCUGUACUAGCAGAGAACGCAAAUCUCGAGGACUAUAAAGAGACAUUGCAAGAAACACAACUUAGUCUAGCUACUGCACGACAACAGAUUAGGACCCUGUUGAUUUAA